AUGGGGAACCCAAUCGAGGGCCCUCUGACAGGCCGUUGCGCCUGCUCCCACGUCCGCUACACCCUCUCAUCAUCCCCGCUCAUCGUCCACGCAUGCCACUGCACGUACUGCCAGCGGGAGACGGGCACCUCAUUCGCGCUUAACGCGCUGUACGAGCCGGACCGCGUGCACACGACGCUAUCGACUGGUGAAAGCGGCGAGGAGGCCGAGGCGCGGCUCCUGCGGAAAGGCAUCCCGACCGCGACGUCGGGGACGGAGGGUCAGGUCAUGGUGCGGUGUCCGGAGUGCUUUACGGUGGUGUGGAGCCAUUACUCGGGAACGACGAGGAGCCUGCUGAAGAUUGUGCGGGUGGGAACGAUUGAUGGGCUUGUGGACGGGGAGAGGUACCUUCCGUCGGGAGGCUUGAGGCCGCAUGCGCAUAUCUUUGCUGGAGAUGGGAGUAAGAGGCACGGGUGGUUUGAUAUUCCGGAGGGGGAUGUGGUCUUUGAGGAGUACGGGCCCAUGGAAGAAUACUGGCCCAAGGAAAGCUUGGAGAGAUACAAGGCCUUCUCUGACCGAGUGCGCGCAAAGAACCGGGAAAGUUAG